AUGUGGUCGGCCGGCUUCACCGCCGCCCUGACGUACCUCUUCCUCGGGGCCAACCUGUUCAGGCGUCGGUCGCCGUAUUUCCACGGCCGCGGAGCACCAGCCCGCGGAUGGGCCAACCGCCCCAUGGAGCUGGUCCAGACGCCCUGGGCGACGAGUCAAAAGGACGACCUCUUCACCACGGCGGCGACGCACAUGGCCCUGCUGCACAACGCCAUCAUCCGCGGCUUCAACUCCAUCUACCUGCAGGCGCCGCACGUGCAGACGGACGACGUGGACGACUUUGUUGCGUACUCGCUGGCCUGGCACAAGUUUGUCGUGUCGCACCAUGAUGACGAGGAGGACAGGCUGUUCCCUGAUAUGAUUGGGGUGCUGGGGGACCAUGCCAUCUUGGGGGGGAUGGCGGCUGAGCAUGAGUCCUUCCUCCCUGGCCUCAAAGCAUUCGAAACCCAUCUCACCAGCCGCAACGCCACCACCGGCCUCGCGGCCGCCUCCCUCGUCGCCAUCAUGGACUCUUUCAGGGACGACGUGCAGAACCACCUGCACCACGAAGUCGACGUCAUGGCCGCCAUGGCCGGCCACCGCAACGCCCCCGCCGCGCACACCCCCGAGGGAAAGCUCGCCGCGGACCGGCUCAAAAGGUGGGGCAAAAGCACCGUCACCAGGGCCGGGUACCGCGACGUGGUGCCCUUUUUCCUGCUCAACACGGACAGGACGUUUGAGCAGGGCGUGUGGGCGAGGUGGCCCCGGAUGCCGGAGCCCGUCCGGUGGGCAAUGGUCAACGUGGUGGGCAUGUGGCACGGGCCGGCGUGGAGGUUUUCCAGCUGCGAUUCUUCUGGAUUGCCGAGGGGCUUGUAUGCGCUCGAGAGGCUUGCGGACAGGGACGGGGCCGAGGCCAAGUCUGAGCUGUGA